GUCCAAUAGCAAGCGAGCUUGUUAGAUUUCGACAGAGAGUAACAAGAAGUUUGCAAAAUGGGGCUUGAAAGUACUAUGGUCUGUGUGGACAACAGUGAAUACAUGAGAAAUGGAGACUUUCUACCAACCAGACUACAGGCUCAGCAAGACGCUGUCAACAUCGUGUGCCAUUCUAAAACACGAAGCAACCCAGAAAACAACGUGGGCCUCAUCACUAUGGCAAAUAACUGUGAGGUCCUAACCACACUUACAACAGAUUCUGGCCGCAUCCUGUCCAAGCUCCAUGCUGUACAGCCCAAAGGAAAGAUUUCCUUCUGCACAGGCAUCAGAGUGGCUCAUCUGGCCCUAAAACACAGACAAGGAAAGAACCACAAGAUGAGGAUCAUUGCUUUUGUUGGGAGUCCUGUGGAAGAUAAUGAAAAAGAUAUCCCAAAGCUUGUUAAGUUGGCAAAGCGUUUGAAAAAAGAGAAAGUGAAUGUGGAUAUCAUCAACUUUGGAGAAGAGGAGGUGAACACAGAGAAGCUGACUGCCUUCAUAAAUACUUUAAAUGGGAAAGAGGGGACUGGCUCCCACCUGGUCACAGUCCCUCCAGGACCCAGUCUGGCUGAUGCGCUGCUCUCCUCUCCCAUCCUAGCCGGUGAAGGAGGCUCUAUGAUGGGCCUUGGUGCAAGUGACUUUGAGUUUGGUGUGGAUCCCAGUGCUGAUCCAGAGCUAGCCUUGGCUCUGCGUGUAUCAAUGGAGGAGCAGCGACAGAGGCAGGAGGAAGAGGCUCGCCGAGCUGCUGCUGCUUCUGCAGCCGAGGCAGGCAUGCCCACACCCAGCGCUGAUGAAUCAGAGGAGGCCUUGUUGAAGAUGUCGGUAUCUCAGCCUGAGAGUGGUGCAGCUGUGCUUCCUGACUUCAGCAGCAUGACAGAGGAGGAGCAGAUAGCCUACGCCAUGCAGAUGUCUCUUGCUGGAGGAGAGUAUGGAGAAAUGGACACAGGUGCUCCCAUGGAUACUGGAGAUUCAGCCAAGGAAGAAGAUGACUAUGAUGUGAUGCAAGACCCAGAGUUCCUUCAGAGCGUCUUGGAGAACCUACCCGGUGUUGACCCAAACAACGAGGCCAUCCGCAACGCCAUGGGCUCCCUAGCCUCUCAGACAGGAAACAAGCCAGAUGGCAAAAAGGAUGAAGAGAAGAAGAAAUAAGGAGAAAGGAGGCUUUAUAUAUUCACUGAACAAUUGCAGACUGAUCCAGGAUUUCUUUAAUAUACAAGAUGGCCCAAGCACGCGACAGCACUCUGACAUUUGAUAUUUUUUUCUGUCAGACACUCAAAGCACCAACAUUUUGUGUAAAAUCUGACCAAGUUACAUUUAUUGAUAUCAUCUUAAAAGUAUAACCCCCAUUUUCUUUAUGAUUGCUGAUAAAUGAACAAAAGAAAAAGUGUGAUGACAGGCUCCCAAACUAAACUAAUAGCCUCUCUCCUGUCAUGUCUUCUGUGUUUUUUGCAAUAAAAGCUAUGUGUAUAUA